CAUGGAGCUCCGCAAUCAGCGGUGGAGCGGACGGACUGAUAAGAUAUGAAGUUAUUGCUCUGUUUUUCCGUUAGCGAUCUUAAAGACGUCGUAAGGUCGCGCUAAGUAGGUUGCAUUGAUUAUUCCAAAGUUUAGGAAAUCACUGGCCGGCGGAAGGUCGACCAGUCGCGCUACAAAAGUUUCGACAACGGGUCCAGCGUCUCCAUCUGGUCCGAAAUUCAAACGUGGUUGGACGGAAUUCCAACGCGCUCCAAACUAGUCUCCAGUUCCGUGCUUGCGAGUCCAUUUCUGCUUCGUGGCACUUCCCGCGUUAACCACCCUCUCGGACGUCUCGCGUUGCAGGGGAGUGUGCAGUUGCUUCCAUUCCGUUUAGUGCAAACAGUCAAUAAAGUGAUAACACCCCCAAUUGAGUGAUAACGUGCGAGCUACUGAGUGAUUAGGAGCCACCACCGUUUUGCGACCACUGCCAGUAUGAAUCGCACCGAAAAUGGGGACCACGCGGCUGGCCUGGUAGCAGUAUCAGACUUGGAUGUCGCUACUUGCAGCAAGGACGAACGCCUUCGUGAGCUUCACGCUUUCUUCGUUCAACAAUAUGAGGUCGAGCCGAAAUUCUUCGUAAAAGUUCCUGGAAGAGUCAACAUCAUUGGUGAACACGUUGAUUAUUGCGGGUAUCCGGUUUUGCCCAUGGCUACGCGACAGUGUAUCCUCCUGGCGGUGGCUCCAGCAACUGACGAUUAUCUUUAUCUAAAAAAUGUGAACAGCGAAAAAUACGAAAAUUUCAAAUGUGAAAUUAAUGCGUUUGACAUUCAAAUUCCAACAUCUGGUGGACCACGAUGGUACAACUAUUUUCUGUGUGGCGUUCGAGGCGUUCAGGAUCAUCUUGGCAAUAAUAUUCCCACGCCAGGAAUGUUCGUUGCAGUCAGCGGUAACAUUCCUCCAGCUUCUGGCCUCUCGAGUUCCAGCGCAUUAGUGAGUGCUGCAGUUCUUGCCAGCGCCCACAUCCAAGGACUUCCACUUUCGGCCCAGUUGCUUGCAACAAUUGCUGCCCAGUGUGAACUUUACAUUGGAACUCAAGGUGGUGGUAUGGAUCAGGCCAUUGCAUUCCUUGCCAAACAAGGUUGUGCUCAAUUUAUCCAAUUCCAUCCGAAAUUGAGUGCUCAACCGGUGAAAUUGCCAAAUAAUGCUAUAUUUGUGGUUGCAAACAGUUUGGCGGAAAUGAACAAGGCAGCCACUUCGGAUUUCAAUGAACGUGUGGUCGAGUGCCGGAUUUCAUGUCGGUGGCUGGCGAAGCGAAUGCAUUUGAAUAAUUGGCGAGAUAUCAUUCGGUUUGCCACGCUACAAACAACGCUGCAAUGCACAUUAGAAGAUCUUGAGGAAAUUGCAAUUCGGGAACUGUCGAAGGCAUUCUAUACACGGGAGGACAUCUUGAAGGAGUUCGGAAUGAACGACGAAGAAUUUUCAAAAACUAUUCUCACUGCCAACACACAGCAUAUGCAACGAUUCAAAUUAAGACAGAGGACAUUACACGUUUUGCAAGAAUCACUACGUGUUUCGAAAUUCCGUGCUCUGUCGGAGAGCGAAGAUUGCAAAUUGGAAUCGUUAUCGGAAUUAUUAAUGCAAUCGCAUGAAAGCCUCCGUAGCUUGUAUGAAUGCUCGCAUCCAAACCUGGACAGAUUGGUUGAGGAAUCAAAACGAUUUGGCAUCAAAGCACGUCUCACUGGUGCAGGAUGGGGUGGAUGUAUUGUUAGCCUUUGUGACUCGGUCGACUCAUGCAAUGCAUACAUUAAGGAGCUGAAGGAGAAAUACUACAAAGACUUGCCACAAGCCAAAGGUCGGAAUUUUGAUGAACUCAUAUUUGCGACAAGUCCACAGGGAGGUGCUGAAAUUUUGACAAAUAAAUAUUGAGAAACGGAUGUGAAUAGACUCGCAAUGAGUUCAAUAUUCCAAUAUUUCAUCUACUUUACUUUGAUCGUUUAUACUUAUUACGUGUACCUACCUCCUUGAUAUUUUAGCAGAUAUUUUACAUAUCGGAUAUUCCAUUUCUAUUGUGAUGUUUUUGUCCUUUUUAGGGGGUCUUAAUGAAUAUGGCCAUAAAUAUAUUGAAUAUGAUUUAAACAUGUCAA